AUGGUCUGCAAGGACUGCGAAAAAAAGCUCUCGAAGGUCAUCGUUCCCGACAAGUGGAAGGACGGCGCCCGUAACGUCACGGGCGGCACCGAUGGAGGACGGGCCACGACCUACCGCAAUUCAUUGUUACAAGUAAGAGGCGCAACGCAGCGCUUCCAGGCGGGCGUCAAGACGUGUCGAAUCUGCAAGUCCAAGGUCGCGCAGGACGCGAACUACUGCCAGGAGUGCGCGCACCACAACGGGAUCUGCGCCAUGUGCGGCAAGCGCGUGGACGAUCUGCGCUUUGACAGGAGAGGUGGCGUGAAACCGGAGAAGCGGAAGGAACUUGCAGGCGUCGUCGAGAGCGACUACGGCACGGCCGAGCGCUUCCGGAAGAAGGCCAAGGCGCCGGAAACGGCUGAGGAGGAGGCGCCUCCGCCAGUGCCGGCGGAGGACCCGGAGGUCGCCGCGCGGCGCGAACGGGACGCGCGGGCCCAGGCGUCGGCGCUGGGCGCCGCCGACGCGGCUCUCAAUAGGGCGCGGAACCGCGUCGUCGGCGCGGAACCGGCGGCGGCCGCGCCGGCGCCGGCGCCCGCGCCGGCGGGCCGCGGCCGCGGCGCGACGACGCCCGCGUGGAUGACUCAGGCGCCCGCGCCCGCCGCAGAUGCCUACGGCGACUGGCAGUCCGCGCGCGACGCGACGUCGGGCAAGGUCUACUACUACAACGCAAAAACGCAGCAGACGUCGUGGACCUGGCCGCCCGCCGCCGCGCCGCCGCCCGCGCCGCCGCCCCAACAACAACGAACGAGGCCGGUCAACCCGCUCGCCGCCGGCGCCGCGCCGCCGACGCUCUCCGCCGACCGCAUGGCGCUGCGGGACGAGACGCUCGGCGUCGCGGGCGAGAUGGCGCCGCAGUCGCGCGGCGACCGCGACUGGCGGUCGAAGUACGACAUCGGCGGCGGCCUCGAGGGGAGGGAUAAUUUCUAG